AUGCAGUUGCUGACCAAGGCAAUGCUGCCAUCGACGAUGACGCUGGUGGAGCUGGUGGAGCUAGUCGAGCUGGUGGAGCUAGUCGAUCCGGUGGAGCUAGUCGAGCUAGUCGAGCUGGUGGAGCUGGUCGAGCUGGUGGAGCUAGUCGAGCCGGUGGAGCUGGUCGAGCUAGUCGAGCUAGUCGAGCCGGUGGAGCUAGUCGAGCUGGUGGAGCUGGUGGAGCUGGUGGAGCUAGUCGAGCUGGUGGAGCUAGUCGAGCUAGUCGAGCUGGUGGAGCUAGUCGAGCUAGUUGACCCGGUUGAGCUGGUGGAGCUGGUGGAGCUAGUCGAGCCGGUGGAGCUGGUCGAGCUGGUCGAGCUGGUCGAGCUAGUCGAGCUGGUGGAGCUAGUCGAGCUAGUCGAGCUAGUUGAGCUAGUCGACCCGGUUGAGCUGGUGGAGCUGGUGGAGCUAGUCGAGCCGGUGGAGCUGGUGGAGCUAGUCGAGCUAGUUGAGCUAGUCGACCCGGUUGAGCUGGUGGAGCUGGUGGAGCUAGUCGAGCUGGUGGAGCUAGUCGAGCUAGUUGAGCUAGUCGACCCGGUGGAGCUGGUGGAGCUGGUGGAGCUAGUCGAGCUGGUGGAGCUGGUGGAGCUGGUGGAGCUGGUGGAGCUAGUCGAGCUAGUCGAGCUAGUCGAGCCGGUGGAGCUAGUCGAGCUAGUUGAGCUAGUCGAGCCGGUGGAGCUGGUGGAGCUGGUGGAGCUAGUUGAGCCGGUGGAGCUGGUGGAGCUAGUCGAGCUAGUUGAGCUAGUCGACCCGGUUGAGCUGGUGGAGCUGGUGGAGCUAGUCGAGCUGGUGGAGCUAGUCGAUCCGGUGGAGCUGGUCGAGCUAGUCGAGCUGGUGGAGCUGGUCGAGCUGGUGGAGCUAGUCGAGCCGGUGGAGCUGGUCGAGCUAGUCGAGCUGGUCGAGCUGGUCGAGAUGAUGGAUGUGGUGGAGGUCGUGUAGUAGUGGU